ACGAGAGCAUCUCUCUCUAUGCGCCGGACGGGCUGCGACGCAGAGCCUGCAGCUGUCCGGGCUAAUCCUUCUGCCUCGUCCCUUCCUCUGCAACAGCACAUCGAUGGCGAUGAGAAAUUGAACCUGCUCUCCAUUAUAUUCAUAAGAACCAUCGCUGCUCUUCGUUGAUAAUCCAACCUCUUUCACCGCAGCACGUGUCCCCCCACCGCCAGUGACGCAGCAGUUGAUCUAUCGAGUCCGGUGGACCUGGCCAGGCAGCUUCGACCAAGCAUACAUCCCUGCCGGCCUGUUACCCCGCCUCCCACGGAAACGUCCCUCUUUUCUCAAAUCACUUCCUGCCGUCCCCUUCUCCCUGACCUUCUUUCCCACACGACACCGCGGCCAAGUUCCGUGGUUUCUCCCGGGUUAUGGAUGACGCUCAGAAGCUGCUGAGAUGGUACAACGGCCUGUAUUCCCGCACCGUCGACCUGGUGGGCGACUACGCAGGAAGUGAGCUCUUCAUCAUCGAAGGAGACUCGCUGCUGCUGCACUGCUUCUCCGACGACCAGCUGCAAUUUUCCCGUGGCCUUCAGUUGCUCCACUCCACGUACAUCGUGGAGCGGUUCCUCGCCCAACUGCAUCAACGGAACUGUAACUUCCACAUCGUCUUCUUCUCGGAGAACUCCAGCGCCUCCAUCCCGCCGCAUGUCGAUGCGCAGUCACGGCCGAAAUAUCGCCUCGCACGGGAAGCCGUCCUGCAGCACCUUCUCCACAAUGCCCCCCAGGCCGUCCCAUCGCUGCAGGUCAGAUGCUUCGACAGAUACGACUCCCAGGAGUUCAAGGAUUACCUGGUUUCAUUGGGUGCCUAUUUUCUGAUGUGUCACGAUGGUGCCUUUGCGGAACUGUUCCGGCAGUUGAAAGACACGCCGGACCCUGAGGAUCUUCAGAUGUCAUCCGAUGACGAAAGCUCGGACGAUGACUCAGACGACAGCAGUGACGACUCAAGUGAAGACACGCCGAAGCUUUGGCCAACUAGACUGACGCUCAGGUCGAUGAUCCAUUGGUUCAUCUGCCACGGUUAUAACAUCUCGUUGCUGAAUAGCCUGGAGUGUCGUGAUACGAAGGUCAUUACCACUGUCUUGGAGGGAUCAGCAGAGCGGGCGCGGCAAGUCUUUCAAGCCGUAAAGCUUGAGGUUACAGAAGAUCCAGAAUCAUCGGGUUCCGACACAGAAACGGAAGAUGAUAGUUUGAAGCCAGCGGUUGACAACUUGAAAAUAGAUGCCCAGACGAAGCCUUCCACUGACGCAGAUCCCAACCCCAUUGAAAAGACCCUAGAGAAAUUCUUAGACUCCAUAGGUAGCGCGUCCAGUCAUGAUCUUAGACAGCGCGAAUGGGCUUCGGUGUUGACAGUAAGUGUGAUGCUGGCAUCGGGCCGUCUUCAGGAGAACGACGCUCUGGCAAUACGCGCCCUGUUGCUGCAUACAGUGAUCCUGGAGGAAUGCAAACUUGGCGACCGAGUUUACGAUCCAAAGGAUUCCUCCGCCGGCGAGUCCUUCCUGGUACGAUAUGCGACCGUGGCUCGUCAUGUUAUAUCCUCACCGUCGUGGCUGAAAUUUGCCGCAACCAACUCCCUCUCCUGCGAUCUGGGUGACAUGGUUGAUGGGAGACUGUUCCUUGAAACCCUCAACACGAGUAAAGCCUCGCCCCUUGACCGUGCUUUUAGUCAGGAUAUCCUGGCCAGAUUGGCAGUGUUAGCCGCGACCGUGAAAACCCUUUGCGGAUCUGAGCUCGAUGCCACCACCAAUUCCAAUGGGGCGAUCAAGAAGCCGGCAGGCGAAAAGCGCGCAGCUCGGGGUAGUCGCCAGAAGAACCCUUUCACUGUGCUGGCUUUCAAUAAUUCUGUUCUCAAUCCUCAUCUCAAGCCUAUUUCGCUCACAGUUGAUGAUUCUACCAAUGACCAGGAAAGUCUUGCGGUGUCCCGAAUCUUCGAGGAAAUCAGCCACUGGCACAACCAUAGACGCCCGUUGGACAAACGCAAUGAAGGACCAUUGCCAUCGAAGCUCCUCCGCCGUAAUCAGCUGUGGAUGGCCGAGACAGUGGACUAUGCUGCUAGUCUCACAAAUGCAGCCGGGGGGAUCCUGGAACCGGAGACAGUGUUUUUGAGAACGGCAAAGGACCGCAAGGGAAAGCCAGCGCAGACUUCAGGUGCUCCUACCCCUGCUCUCGAGCAAUCCAGUCGCCAAAAGCCCAGUACGUCAUCAGUCAGGACUCAGGCGGCGUUGCAGCUCCGGGAAAAGCAGGCCCAAACUCUUAACAAGCAACUGAAGGCAUGGGAAAGCAAGUGCCGGACGUUUGAGCAAGAUAGCAAUCUGGUCCAGAGAUACGUGAGCGCUCGCGAGUAUCUUUCAAGUCUUCGGGAUGAGAAGAGAUCGCUAGUAGAAGCCGAAAUAUUAACCUACCUUGUGAGCACGUUGGUGCGGCUUUGGAAACAGAAGUGUGCUUCCAAGGAGAGGGGCCAAUCUAUGUCUGUAGUAGCUCUCAUAUGGCAUCUGAUUCUUCGAAUCUCAAAGGUAAAGCAAGGGAUCACUGAAGACAUCGCGAUAUGUAUACGCAGGACCACAAGGGCGCUUAAUCUUCCUGCCGUUGACCUCUCGCCUGACGGUACGGGUGCGCUUUCUUUUGAGUUCGCACCCCUCAAGGCAGGCGAGCAAAGCCUGGAGAUAGGACUGUCGCCAGUCGAGUUCCAGCUGGUCCACGCCGGGCCUUACUUUGACCGAAACAUGGACUCGGCACCGGAUUCUCGCGUUGACUUUGAGCCCGACAGAUGGCAGCGAGAAACAUUGGACCAGAUUGACGCUGAGGCGAGUCUUUUUGUCGUCGCUCCGACUAGUGCCGGAAAGACGUUCAUAUCAUUUUACGCGAUGAAACAAGUCCUCGAGGGCAGUGAUGAUGGGGUCUUGGUUUAUGUUGCCCCGACCAAGGCUUUGGUCAACCAGAUCGCUGCUGAAGUCCAGGCAAGAUUCAAGAAAACAUUCAAACACGGCGGCAAAUCUGUAUGGGCCAUUCACACUCGCGACUACCGCAUCAAUGAGCCGAACGGGUGCCAGAUUCUAAUCACUGUGCCUCACAUUCUUCAAAUCAUGCUCCUGGCCCCGUCGAAUGCAAAGUCGUGGUCCUCCCGCGUCAAGCGAAUCAUUUUCGAUGAAAUCCACUGCAUUGGCCAAGCGGAGGACGGUGUUGUUUGGGAACAACUGCUUCUUCUUGCCCCUUGCCCUAUCAUCGCACUCUCUGCGACGGUUGGCAACCCCAAGGCAUUUAACAGCUGGCUAAGCAUGACUCAAAAGGCGAACGGUUGUGACUUGAAGAUGAUUGAACAUAAGACCCGUUGGUCUGAUUUGAGAAAAUACAACUACAAUCCGCCCCAAGGAUUUGUGUUCAAGGGGCUACAAGACUCCGCUAGGGUAUCUGCACUUGGCCUCGAAGAUUGCCCGAAUGUGUCUCUCAUUCAUCCUGUCUCGAGCUUGAUUGACCGCUCAAGGGGACUGCCGGAUGACUUUGGUCUUGAGCCUCGGGACUGCUGGACUCUUUGGAAUGCCAUGAACAAAUACAAGACGGCAGAAUAUCCGCUUGACCCAGCACUGGAUCCCGCCGUCGCGCUACCGAAAAUCAUCGUGAAGGCAGAUGUCCUUGGUUGGGAGGCUGGUUUAAAAACCGUUCUCAAAAGCUGGAUGGAAAACUAUGACUCGCCCUUCGAUGCUGUUUUGAAGGAGCUUUCUGAGCAACCACCUCGUAAUGCUCCUGCUGUGCAAGUCUCAUCCGGAACAAUCACUGACUCCGAUACUCCUCGUGAAGUCAAGAGGAACAGCCUUCUGGAAACUACGCUUCCCCUCAUUUGCUCCCUUAACGAUCAGGGUGCCCUUCCAGCACUGUUUUUCAACUACGACCGGAGUUGGUGCGAGAAGAUCUGUCAGUAUGUCCUCAUCGAACUACAGGAGGCUGAGACCCGUUGGAAAGAGACUAGCUCAGCAUGGGCGAGAAAGAUCGCAGAAUGGGAGGCGUGGAAGAAGGCUGAGGAAAAGCGCGCCAAGCACAAGCCGGCCAAGGCCAAGGCCAAAGGAAAGGGAGGCAAAGAUGAUGAAGGAACGUCAAAAGCGGAUCAAAUGCGCGAUUCUGCUUCCGAGGAGUCGAGCUGGCAUGCAUCUUUCAACCCUGAAGACCCGGAUCCCAGAUUUUCUCUCGCCGAUGUCAAGAAAUUCUCGCUUUCUGAGCUUGAAGAUUACGCGAAAGAGCUGAGGAGACGUCAGGUGCCCGAAUGGCUGCUUGAUGCCUUGAAACGUGGAAUCGGUAUCCAUCACGCUGGUAUGAACCGCAAGUAUCGACAUGUGUGUGAGAUUCUCUUCCGCAAGGGCUAUCUCCGCGUUGUCAUCGCCACGGGUACUUUGGCCCUGGGUAUUAACAUGCCCUGUAAGACUGUUGUCUUCUCUGGUGACUCUGUCUUCUUGACGGCCCUUGGUUUCCGACAAGCAGCCGGUCGAGCGGGUCGUCGAGGCUUCGACUUCUUGGGUAAUGUUGUCUUCCAGGGCGUCUCGCACUCGAAGGUUUCCCGCUUGUUGAGCUCCAAGCUUCCAAGUCUGAAUGGUCAUUUCCCGAUCACAACGAGCUUGGUUCUGCGACUGUUGAUUCUCCUGCACGAGUCCGGACAAUCCCCGUUUGCCGUGAAAGCCAUCAACUCGAUUCUGUCGUGUCCACGAAUCUACCUUGGUGGUCCCGAGUCGAAGCAUACCGUUCUCCAUCAUCUGCGUUUCUCGAUCGAAUACCUUCGCCGGAACCACCUCCUAGAUUCGAGCGGAGUGCCUCUCAACUUUGCGGGUACGAUCUCGCAUCUGUACUACACCGAGAACUCCAGCUUUGCGUUCCACGCACUGCUCAGUAGUGGCUACUUCCACAGACUAUGCAGGAACAUCAACAAAUAUCCCACACAGAUCACCCGUACUUUGAUGCUGGUGCUGUCGCAUCUGUUUGGACGUCAAGAACUGCGGCCCGCUGUCCUGGAGAAAAUGCUGAUGUCUGAGAAGAAAUCGCCUUCACUGGUGGUGCUUCCCGAUCUUCCAAAGAAGGCCGUCAAGAUUCUGCGCGCGCACAACACAAAGACCCUCAACAUCUACUCCACUUAUGUCACCACCUUUGUGGAGCAGCACAUCACAGAGCCGGACUGUUUCCUCCCGCUGACCCAGAUCAAAUGCGGAGGCGACAAGUCCCCCGAGGAAAUCAGCCCCUCGAUGCCCGUCAGUCCGCCAACCCGGGUAGCCUCAUCAUUCGUGGCGCUCUCCGGACACCGUGAUAAGUGGCAGAGCAUUCCCGAGCUCUGUAAGACAGUCCGAGACGGUGUCUGGCUCGAGGAAGCCGUCGUUCCGUACGUCGGCAUCUACCCGGAAGAAGGCAAGGUCCCCCUCAACGCCUACCUGUACGACUUCUUCAAGCACGGUAACGUGCACGCCCUGGAGAAGAGCAACGGUGUCCGACGAGGCGACGUCUGGUUCGUACUGAACGACUUCUCCCUCGUCCUGGCCACCAUCGUGACCAGCUUCGAGAACUUCCUCAAGCUGUCCCCCGGCACAGAUCUCGACAUGAUCGACGCUACCGGCAGCGGUGAUGCUCAUGAGAUCGACCUAGACGACAAGAUCAUCGAUGCUACGCCCGACCGGUCUACCGGGAUAGCUGGACGACCUUCCGCCCCCGCGCAAGCGAAAGCACAGGCGGCACUCGCGCCCACUCCUGCCCCUGUCAAGAAGAAGAAGGCCAAGGUUGCGGACAGUUGGGAUGAUGAUAUGAGUGAUAGUUCGAGUGAGGAGGAGGAAGAAGUCAAGCCAGCGAAGCUUGAGACGACGCCGGUGGAUAAGCUCGGUGAUAAGGGCUUCUUGCAGGUACUGAAGGCGUUCAAGCUGCUGCAGGAGGAGUUUAAUGGCAAGUUCAGGGCUAUGUGGGCUUAGUAGAGUUGAUAGAAUUGGGCUUUUGGGUGCUUGUUUCGUAUGUCUAGUUAACGGAAUAAAUUGUCAUGGAUGAAUUGAAU